CAUAUGCUGCAGGCGCAGCCCUUAAAAAAACGAAAAAUGCAAAAAAAAAAAAAAAAAAGCAUGGUGAAAUGCCCUAUAAAUAACUGCUAGUUUUUAUUGUUUCUAUUUUACAAAGGUGAGGUUCUCGGAGGAGGAGAAAUGGCUUAGCCCAGGUCGCCGGGUCAGGAAGCGGCUUAGGAAGAUAGUGAUCAUGGUAGGGCAUCGCCUAAGCCCCAGGCCCAGCAUAGAAUAUUCACUCUGGAGAGUUGGGCUAUUCCUGGCAGUCAAAGGGCUGCCUUGUUUUGCCCCUCAGCACAGGAAAUUCCAAGGUGGUUUUUCCAUACUGGCUCCACUGUUUCCGGACAGCAGAGGGGCCGAGGUUCCCCAGCCAACUCUUAAAAAAAAAGAAAAAAGAUGGAAUUGAACGUCUUAGUCUGCCUGUGUGGACCUCUCUUUUGAGGGGGGGUGGCUGUCACUUAGAUUGGGCUGCCCUGGGCCUAUCUGGCCGUUUCCCUGUGCUGGCAACCCUCGCCCUGUCCUUGAAAUGGUCCUGGCGGGGUAGCAGCCUCUAGGUGGGCUGGGUGAAAUUUGGGACUGGUUUAAGGCGGGGACAAGCCCGAGAACACAGGUUUCCUUGUGCCUCUCUCUGGAGAGGGAGGGAGGGCAAGAGGAAACCUCCGACCCCGCUCUCCCUUGGUCACUCUCCCUCGGAGGCCACGAUGGCUCGGUUCUCGGUGUUUCUUGCCGUCAUCUUGCUGUCCACCUUCCCGAGGCCUAGUGUUGGGGGUCGCCCCAUGCCCAGGCUGGCAGACCGGAAGCUGUGUGCCGAUGAGGAAUGCAGCCACCCCAUCUCCAUGGCUGUGGCUGUUCAGGACUACGUGGCCCCCGACUGCCGUUUCCUGACCAUACACAGGGGUCAAGUCGUGUAUGUCUUCUCCAAGCUGAAGGGCCGAGGGCGGCUCUUCUGGGGAGGCAGCGUUCAGGGAGAUUACUAUGGAGACUUUGCUGCACGCCUAGGCUAUUUCCCCAGUAGCGUUGUACGUGAAAACCAGACCCUGAAACCUGGCAAAAUCGUUGUGAAGACAGAUAAAUGGGAUUUCUACUGCCAAUAAGCUCAGUCUACUGCUGUCUCUGCAGUUGUUUCUCGCCGGCUUUAUGCAAAUACAUCAGCCAAAUGCCAACUAUUGGGUCUCUGUGGUCUUUGUGGUAGGGACCUAGAAAGGAAAUGUUUCUCCAGGUUUCUGAAUCUAGCCAGUCAACCCACGGAAUGUAGUAAUGUCAGUGGUUGCUAGGCAGAGUUUCACGGACUAAAAGCUCUUAGCUCCAAGCUGGGUACCAGAGGUAGGCUCCUCAGCUUAGAUAUCACAGGCAAAUAAGACGGAAUAACCUAAACAGACAAAUUAGGGAAUUGUAGUGUCCUCUCUUGACCAGUAAGAGAACUAGUGAACUAUUGGGAAUGAGCCAAUCGGGCAAUGAGGAAGUAAUCGCGGGGCAUAUGUUUUUUUGGAAGAUUGUUGGUCAAAGGAGGUAGGAGUAAGAACCAUCCCAGUUUUCAUCCUUCUGCCUUUGAGAUCAGUACUCCCAAGCUCGAGAUCGGCACCUCUUCCAGGCUCUGUCAAUCUUAACCCUGCCCCUUUCUUUGCAUCCGUAUCCCCGCCCCCAAGUCAGCUUCUACCCAAUCUGGAAUCUCAGGUCUGCUCCUGGUCUCCUGACCGAAGCCAUUUCUCUGCUCCACGGAGCAACUCUGCACCACCCCUUCCCACUGACGCCGCCAAUCGCUCGCCCUGGUCCCGCCCCUUUACGUCCCGCCUCUCUCGCCCCGCCAUUCUGCGCCUUUUGUCCCGCCCCUUGCCCGCCGAAUCCGCCAAUCCCUGUCUUCGGGAAGCGUGGCCUGGUAUCCCGCAGCCUUAGCGGGUCGCGCCGGAGGGGGGUGGAGGCGGAAGCGACGGCGCCGGCCCCGGGAGUAGGAAGGAGCCGGGGCUGCAGACCGAGUGGAGCGGCUGCCAACCGAGGACCAGGAGCGGCCGCGUCGCCAUUUUGCGGCCCUAAGCGGCCGCGACCGAGUCAUGGCUGAGACCUACGACUUCCUCUUCAAAUUCCUGGUGAUUGGCAGUGCGGGUACUGGCAAGUCAUGUCUCCUUCAUCAGUUCAUUGAGAAUAAGUGUGAGUUCCUGGGGGUGGUCCUGGAACACUAAACUGCGGGCAUGGGCACGGUGUGGGCAAAGUAGGCAGCUGUUGGGGUGGGUAGGUGGCAGGACUGGCCAUAGGUGCAAUGCCAGUGCUGGCUACCUGGUCCUCACCUUGGUGUAUGUGCUUUGCUAGGCCCUCCUUGAGCCUCAGUCACCCCAGCAAUGAGAGAGGAUGGGUUCAUAGGGGCUGGGGAGGUCUUGGAGGGCAGGGAAUCCUCUGAGCCCCUGCACUGUCUCUUUUCUCCCUCCCACUCCCAGUCAAACAGGACUCCAACCACACAAUCGGCGUGGAGUUUGGAUCUCGGGUGGUCAACGUGGGUGGGAAGACUGUGAAGCUACAGAUUUGGGACACAGCCGGCCAGGAGCGGUUUCGGUCGGUGACGCGGAGUUAUUACCGAGGGGCGGCCGGAGCCCUGCUGGUGUACGACAUCACCAGCCGGGAGACUUACAACUCGCUGGCUGCCUGGCUGACGGACGCCCGCACGCUGGCCAGUCCCAACAUCGUGGUCAUUCUCUGUGGCAACAAGAAGGACCUGGACCCGGAGCGAGAGGUCACGUUCCUAGAGGCCUCCCGCUUUGCCCAGGAGAACGAGCUGAUGUUCCUGGAAACUAGUGCUCUCACGGGUGAGAACGUGGAGGAGGCGUUCCUGAAGUGUGCCCGCACCAUUCUGAACAAGAUCGACUCAGGUGAGCUUGACCCCGAGCGGAUGGGCUCUGGCAUCCAGUACGGUGACGCCUCCCUUCGCCAGCUGCGGCAGCCUCGGAGUGCCCAGGCUGUGGCCCCUCAGCCCUGUGGCUGCUGAGUCCUGUGGAGCCAGCUCACCUGUUCUCCAGGACCAGCGCUGUCCUUCCGGCUGGGGCCCAGACCAGGCCCUGGGAGGCCGAGCCCCUUACCUGCCCUGGCCCCGGAGAAGCUGCCCUGCCACCUGCCCCCUUCCCUGGCCUGGUGGGGCCUGGCUGAGGGGCAGGACUGAGCCACGAGGGGGAGGGGGAAUCCAUACCUGCUGCUGCUUCCUCUGUCUUGGCUGCCCCUGUCCCCCCAAACCACCCCUAACCAUACUCGAAGCCUUCCCAAAGCCUGAGACCAGGGCCAUUUGGCCUCAGCUUCCCUGGCCCUUGCCAUUGCGAGUACGUGUUAUUUAUUACCUGGAGGCCUGUCCCGUCCCCACCCCCAACCCCCAUAAAGCAUUGUUUACACCUGUAUCAUGGCCUCUAUCAUUUUGGGGUGGUGGGGAGGAAGGGGAGGCAGAAGAGGUCCCUGAUGGUGUCUGGGGACCAUGUCUUGGUGUUAGACAUGGUGGGGGAUGGAGUCCACCAUGACUCCAUGGCACUCGGGUGUCUGUCAUGGAGGGAGUUUGCCCAGAUGUGUGACACUGACGCCCCUCUGUGAUGGGUGCGAUGGGUUCUGUAGGAAUGUAUGCUGCUUGCGUGUGUGACAUUGUUGCUUGUGAAUACUCUGUGUCCUUGGUGAUUGUGUCCACCAGGCUGGUGUUGGUUGGGACCCGGAGGUCAGCGAAUGAGAACUCAGGCCUGUGGGUGGGCCCUGGGUCUGGGCUGGGUGUGAUGGCUCUGCAUGUCUGAUGCCUGAAAGUCUGAGGCAGUCUAUUUGGUGUGACUGUUGGUGUGCCCCUGAGGUCUUUGUGUGUUUUGGUGUGAAUUUGGCUCCUUUGAUACACCUGUGUGUGGCCAUGAGCCCUUUGCGUUCCUGGAGACUGUGUGCGCUUUGGGAUAACCCUGCCCCCUGUUGAUAUUUGAGCUCAGUGUGUUACCUUUUAUGUCCAGGUGAACUGCUGACACCCGCACGUGCUCUGCCAGGGACAGGUGCAGCCUGCUGAGGACACUCCCAACUGCUCUCCCAUCCCCAGGUUGGCCUUAACCACCCUCACUGGAGGCCUGGUCGUCCAGAACGUUCAAAAGACUCGAGGCUGUCAUGCAAAUGUCUUCUCUGAGCAGCUUUCCUAGACUGUUUGAUUCUGACUCCACUCAGUUGUCCCGAUGGGGCAGGGCAGAGGGGUCAGGAUACACUUGCAUAUCCCUUCUAGUCUUCUCUCCCUUUUCUCAAGGACGUCUGCUCUUUUCUUCGCCGUUAUAAAAAGUCCUUAGGUAAAUUACUGUCGUGCAAAUUGACAUACAUUUCCCAACUAAUUGCGUAGACAUUUCUCCAUAUCUCAUUCCUAUUCUUGGGCCGUGAGAAGGCGGAGCUGUCCAUGUAAAUAAUGUCAAUCAUUUACAUGCCGCUCCCGGACCUCCGCUACUCAGCGCUCGCGGCUCUGAGGGGGUGGGCCUGUUUAUGUAAAUAGUCUCAUUUACAUACCCCUCCCACUCGCUUGGCCGACCCCAACGGUUCUAGCCCUGCCUAACAGCGUUCUUCUUCUCGCGCAAAAGGGGCGGAGCGGAGAGUGCAAAUAAGCCCUGCGUCGGAGAUGGACCCGUUUCCCCUUUCUCGAGGGAGGCGGGUGUUCUAAACUUCCUCGCCCCGCCCUGCGAGGCUCGCGCCUGCGCAAGCCCCGUCUCCUCCGCUCAGACGCGGUCACGUGCUCACCGGGCGAGGCGGGGGCGGAGCGUCGCGGGUGGUGGGGGCGGGGUAUGGCGCGCUGUGCGGCGCAGGGCGGCUGGCACAAACGGCGGCGCCGGGGCCGGAGGAAAAAGCUGGCCAUCGUGACAGUUCUCUUCCCAAGCCCCUAGGGACAUCAGAGGAUUUGGGGACCAGCGAGCACCCCCAGGGCACGAGAAAAGUUUCUGUCACCUGCCCUGCCUCAUCCUGCCCCACGCCAGGCCCAGCUGCCCUGGCCCCCGGCUGCAUCAAGUGGAGGAGGAGGAGGUGGAGGAGGGUGGCACCAUGGGCCUGGGCCGUGCCCUCCAUGCCCGGGGGAUGAAGACACUGCUGCCAUGGACAGCCCGUGCCAGCCGCAGCCCCUGAGUCAGGCUCUCCCUCAGUUGCCUGGUUCCGUGUCAGAACCGUUGGAGCCUAACCGGGCCAGGAUGGGGGUGGAGAGUUACCUGCCCUGUCCCCUGCUGUCCUCCUACCACUGUCCAGGAGCGCCUGGUGAGGCCUCGGCGGGAAGUGGGACCCCCAGAGCCACAGCUACUUCCACCACAGCCAGCCCCCUGCGGGAGGGCUUCGGUGGGCAGGAUGGCGGCGAGCUGCGGCCGCUGCAGAGUGAGGGUGCUGCGGCACUGGUCACCAAGGGGUGCCAGCGGCUGGCAGCCCAGGGCGCCCGGCCUGAGGCCCCCAAACGGAAAUGGGCAGAGGGUGGUGGGGAUGCCCCCGCACCCAGCAAACGGCCCUGGGCCAGGCAGGAGAACCAGGAGGCUGAGGCCGAGGGGGAGGGCUGCAGCAGUGGCAGUGGUGAGCCCAGUGCUGGGCUGAGGGAGGAGGUGCUGCCCGCUGCACCGGAGCGCCUGGCCCUGGACUAUAUUGUGCCCUGCAUGCGGUACUAUGGCAUCUGCGUCAAGGACAGUUUCCUGGGGGCGGCACUAGGUGGCCGUGUGCUGGCCGAGGUGGAGGCCCUGAAGCGGGGCGGGCGCCUGCGUGACGGGCAGCUAGUGAGCCAGCGGGCUAUCCCGCCACGCAGCAUCCGUGGGGACCAGAUUGCCUGGGUGGAAGGCCAUGAGCCCGGCUGCCGAAGCAUUGGUGCCUUAUGGCCCACGUGGAUGCUGUAAUCCGCCACUGUGCUGGGAGGCUGGGCAGCUACGUCAUCAACGGGCGCACCAAGGUGAGGCUUGGUGGGGGGGCGGGGAGGGGGGCGGCCACCCUGCACUUGUUGGAGGUCUGGUGCUCUGAGCACCAGUCGUCUUGGAGACAGGCUUGUGGAGUCACACGGGGGUUUAGGCAGCUCUAGUGUGGGGGCUGUCUGAGUUCACUUUGGACCCUCGCUUCCUGUGGGCCUUAGUUUGUGCGCCUGUAAACCAUGGGUUUGACCUGUAGUCAUAGCGGUUCUUGACCUUGCCAGGUAUCCUCUUGAAGAAUCUGAGGAGAGGUGCUGACAUUCAGAGCCCCACACCUGUGCUUGGGCCAUGGUGGGAUUCAAGCCCCCUGCUCUCUGUUCAUCGCUCCUAGACCAAGAAUGGUCAGUGUAGACAGGCCCAGGUUUCUGCCUCUGUUUGUCUGCAUGUGUCUGUCUGUCUCUGUCUUUAGUUUUCCUUGUUCUCUUAUUUUUUUAUCCGUUCCUGUCUGUCUAAUCUGUCCUGUCCACUGUCUAUCUCUGGUCGGUCCAUUUUGGCUCCUGGGUAGGAGAACCAGUAGGGGAAGUGGGGGAGGGUGGCAGUGGUGAGGCCCAUGCCAGGCUGAGGGAGGAGGCACUGCCCCCUGUACCUGGGGCUGGGCUGCAUUGUGCACUGUAUGCCGGACACUAUGCAUUUGCAUUAGGGGCGACUUCCUUGGGCUCGGGGGCGGCUGUGUCCCCAUCUUUCCCAUCCCUCCUCGACCUAGUCCCUGUCCUCCAUUCUCUCCGUUUUGCUGUCUGUCCAUCACUUCAUCUAUGUCUGGCUCUGGUCUGUCUUCUUGAUCCUCUGCCUUUGUGUCUCUUGGCCCUUUUUUCCUGUUUAAGAGUAGUAGUUAAUCUUUUUUUGGAACCUGGGCCUUUUUGAGAAUCUGCCAAAGCCACAGACCCUGUCUUAAGAAAAAUGCUUAUUUGAUUGGAGUGUAUGGGCGGUGAUCUGGGCUUCCGGCUGCCCGUUCAGGAACCUGGAGUCAGGAGCCCUGCACAUGACAGUGGUCCACAGAGCCUUUUUGGUUUGCUGACAAAUUAAUUCUCUCCGUGGAGGGGGUGUGAGGACCCUGGCCUUGAGUCCAAGCUUUGGUGGUGUAUGGAGAAGGCCCUGUAGGGAGUGCCCACUGCACAACACCAGUGAUGCCUGGCUGAUGGCACAAACGGUGUUCUGCCCUGCAGGCAUGAGGCUGUGUUCCUGAUGUCCCCUCUCUCCUUCCUCAGAUCCCAUCUCUGUUUCUGCCUCUGUGUGUUUCCCUCCCAGCUCAGGGACCAGGGCUCCCCCCGGGGCCCGAGGCCAGUAUCCUCCCCACCCCAGCUGGAACUUGUCCUGUUUCCCCUCUCUGUCCUGUUACAUGAUAGCUGGAGAGCCAGAGGCAGCCCCUCCCAGGGCAGGAGAGAUGGGUGGGAAUCUCCCUGUGCCAGGGUAUGCAGCACCUUCUCCCCAGGGGCGCUUACCAUUGCUGGGGAGAGGUUGUGGGGAGACCGCAAGAGCUGAGUGGCCAGGGGCAGGAUACUUCUCUGAGCCUCAUUUUGCUCAUCUAUAGGAUUAGAAAACCAGAUUGUCCCCAGGUAGUCCGUCUGUGGCCCUUAUAGGAGGGGAGAGGAGAGGGUGCUGAUGUCUUUGCAUUGGUGCCUUGGAUGUGACUGGGAACGGGGCCCCGAGGAGGUGGAGGCGGUGGGGGUUGAGACUUUUUUAGCCCUGGGAGGUAAGAACAAGCCCGGCUGGACUGAGAAAGGGAGGGGAGGAGCCAACCCAAUCACUGAAGUUCCUCUCUGACCCACCCCUGCCCCAAUGAGACAGCAACUUCAGGCUUCCCCACCUUCAAAGGGCAACAUCUGCGCUCCCUCCCCAGGCUCUGGAGUUAAGGCAGUGUGGGGUGCUGAGCUGGGUGGCCGUAGUCGGGGCUCAGAUAACCAGUGUGACUGGUCAGUGACAACCUGCCUCUCGGGCCUUUCCUGAGUUGAGCUCCAGUGUUCUGCCUUCUUUUCUUCUCCCUAGUUCCUCUGCUCAGUUGACUUGUGGGUGGGAGGGAAUUGAACUCCCACUGGCACCAAGGACUGCCAUAGGGGACCCAGGAGGCCCCUUUUAAGAGCAGUUGGAGGCGGAGCCUGCUGUUGUUGGCUCAGUAGUCCUGGGGUUCUGACUUGGAGGUGUGUGUGUCGUGCAUGUGCUUCGUGGGGCUUUUGGCACCUUGAUCCCAGCUGCCCCUUCCCUGAGAUGGGAGGGUAAGGACCAGGGCAGGAGGUAGAUGUUUCUCUGGGGCUGGCCCCCACCCCCCCUUGCCACAGGUAAGUGUUUGUGGGGGGGAGAAUGGGGCCUUAAAGGGCCUGUUUCUGAACCUAGCCUACCUCUGCGUGCACGCACCCCCUCCCAUCCAUGACCCAGAAGAGCGCUUCCAGUCAGCAGCUACCUUCCUGGUACUAGAGAGACAGGCCUGGCCCUAGGGGUUAGUACCAGGUAAACAAGUACCUGUGCUAAUUUUACAUUGAGAGGGAUGAAACGGAGAACCAGCCCAGGUGCCAUCAGCUAGAGUACUGAAGGUAGCCUUGUUCUGACACCCGAAUAACAAAGAGGGACCUGUGGAAGUGUGUUCCAGGCAGGCGCAGAGGCCUUGGGGAUGAGCUUGACCUGGUCAGGAAGUCAGGAGGCCUUGGAGUCCUGGCCAGGAAUUUGUAUCUUCCUGGGGUGCAGUGAGGAACUUGAGGGGAUCUGAGCAGUGGUGGAGUGGUGAGCUGGAGUCUUUGGCUGCUGUGUGGGGAUGGGUUGUGGGGGAAGAAAUUGCAGUACUGGACCCCUUUGCCCACCCCAUCCUGGAGCAAACCCAGCACAAUCUCUGCUUGGAGUGUAACUGGGGAGGGCUUGCCCAUCCCUCAUCAGUGACUCACUGAUUCCCGCCACAGCUGUGUUCUUUUCUCCCAUUGAAGUGGUUGCUCAGAGCGCUGACCCAUCUGCAGGGAGUGAGCAGCGCAGAGGUGGUGUCUUUGGAAUCCGGGACCUGUGGGGGCCAACGUCUUGCCCUGGUGCUGAAAGAGAGGUGUGGCUCCUCCUGGUUGGCCAGACCAUAUAGCAGCCUCCUGGCCUCUCGCCCAAGGCAGGUGCUGUGGUGGACCAGCUGCCACGUGUUUAGUACAGAGCAGUGGAGCAUCCAUGCUGGGCUGAGCCCCAGGGAGUAGUAAGUUGGGAGGAGGCUGAGGGCUUGAGUCCACCUGGCCUGCCAUGGAAUGCCUGGCAAUCCUCGUGUGUUGGCAGCAGAUGCACCAAGCACCGGGAGUGUUUACCUCAGGUGUAGCUGAGCACUCGAGGGGGGCAGGAGCCAGCAGAGUCUGGCCUGGCAUUGGUGUGGGUCGAGGGGUUGAUGCGCUUUGCCUUGUCCAGCCCUCCCAGUGGCUGUGGGCAGAGGGUAGGACAGGGACCUUUCUCAACAUCAUUUCACCCUGUGCUUUGACUUUCUGUCAUGUGUCAGGCACCAUGUUGGGUCCUUUCCCAGUCAUUUAUGUCUUAUUCAGCCACCUGCGAAGUAGUUGUUAAUUCCAUUUCUCGGAUGAAGAAGCUGAGGCAGAGAAGUCAUGUCACCUCCCCAGUAUCAGCUCAUUUGGCAGCACAGACUUGAAGCCAGGAGUUAGGUCGCAGGAGCGCCUGGGCCCUUUCCCUCACACCACAUCCACCAUUUUGUCAGCUUCCUGAUGAGAAACAGGUCCAGAGUGGCUAGGCGUGGGCCUGUGCACACACAGUGCUGGCUGGGGCCAAGAGAGGGGGGGUGAUAGCCCCGUGACUAGAGCUGUACACACAUAAGCCAGCAUCUGAAAGGAAUCCUCACUGUUCGAUCUGGGGGUCAGGAACCUCCAGAGUUCUUGGGUUCAUGCUACUGCUGUAAAUAGAAGGUGUUUAUUAGUCCCAUUUUGCAGAUGAGGCAGUUGAGGCCCAUUCGGGUGUUGAGAAGGCAGCUAGGCAGGUUAUCCUUGAAGUUGGGAUUAGAUCUGAGGUUCUAGUCACAUUCUGGGUUUGCUACCUGUUCGCAUGUGCUGGAGACAGAUGAUUUAUUUAGCAGGUAUUUGUAGCUAGGGACAGUGGUUCUCAGCAUUGCUGCACACUAGAAUUACUUGGGAGGAGUUCCCAUUGUGGCUCAGCAGUAACAAAACCCAGCUAGUAUCCAUGAGGACGCGGGUUCAAUCCUUGGCCUUCUCAAUGGGUUAAAGAUCCUGUGUUAGGUUGUAGACACAGCUUGGAUCCCAUGUGGCCGGGUUGUAGCGGGCAACUACAGCUCUGAUUCAUCCCCUAGCCUGGGAACUGCCAUACCCGUGGCCCUAAAAAGCAAAAAAAAAUUACGUGGGGAACCUUAAAAGUUCUAGGCUGUACCUAAGAGCAAGUACAUCAGAAUCUCUGGGGUAGGCGUGGGCAUCAUUGUCCCGGGAGAUUCCAACUCUGCAGCUCAGGGAGAGAUCUGGUGUGGGGCUGUGAGGGCACAGCUUUGCACACCAGAAAAUACUUAAAUUGGUUUUAUUCCUCUGAGGUAUCUAAGAUGGGGUUGGACUAUAUUUAAGAAAGAAAACCUUCAGGGAGUUCCCAUUGCGGCACAGCAGAAACGAAUCUCACUGGUAUCCUUGAGGAUAUGGGUUCAAUCCCUGGCCUCUGGGUUGGGGGUCUAGUGUUUCUGUGAGUGGUGGUGUAGGUCGCAGACACAGCUUGGAUCCUGAGCGUAGACUGCCAGCUACAGCUCUGAUUCGACCCCUUGCCUGGGAACUUUCGUAUGUUGCCACAGGUGCGGCCCAAAAAAGGAAAAGAAACCAAAUCUUCCGUUACUCAUUGAGCCGCAUCUCAUUGCCAGGUUCUGGGCAUGUGUGUGGGGAGUAGGCUUUUUGAGGCCUAGGAGCUGGGGUUUCUGGUGCAUGGGGCUUGGCUGAAAAAGAAGUCUGGGUGCUGAAACCCUGGGAGCUGCCCAGGACACUUGUGUCAGAGAGAUGAGGGACAGGGAGGGGUGCAAAAGAGGAGGUAAUCGCUGCUUCCCCCAAAGUCCCUGCCUACCAGCCUCAGUAAACCCACCUCCAUGUCUCUGCCAGGCCAUGGUGGCAUGUUACCCAGGCAACGGGCUGGGGUACGUGAGACACGUUGACAAUCCCCACGGCGAUGGGCGCUGCAUCACCUGUAUCUAUUACCUGAAUCAGAACUGGGACGUCAAGGUGCAUGGCGGCCUGCUGCAGAUAUUCCCAGAGGGCCGGCCUGUGGUAGCCAACAUCGAGCCACUCUUUGACCGGCUGCUCAUUUUCUGGUCUGAUCGGCGGAACCCCCAUGAGGUGAAACCAGCCUAUGCCACCAGGUAUGCCAUCACUGUCUGGUAUUUUGACGCCAAGGAGAGAGCAGCAGCCAAAGACAAGUAUCAGCUAGCAGCAGGACAGAAAGGUGUCCAAGUACCUGUAUCGCAGCCAACUACGCCCACCUAGUGGCCAGCCCCAGAGCUGCAUGGACAGCCGGCUUGCCCUGACUUCAGAGAGCCCUGGGCCCUGGUGCUGCCAGGCCAGCAGCCCACCAGUCUCAGUGCCUGCUCCUUCCCCGCCACCGCCUCUGCUUCUGACUUUGCCUCUGUCCUGCCUGGUGUGGAGGGCUCCGUCCAACGCUGAGGACCAAGGAGGAGGAGAGACCUCUCCUGCCCUGGGAUGGGGACUGGGGUUGUGACCCGGGCAGAGGCCAGUGCUGGGGGCUGCCGUUACUGGAGCUGGGCCCCUGUGUCCUGCCCUGUUUGGUCAUUCCCCCUCUCAGGUUUGGAGAGCUGGAAGGAGGCACUGCCACCUCCCACCAGGAUGCAGGAUUUGAGGUUGGGGUGAGUCAUGGCCUCUUGCUGGCAAAGGUUUAUGGGGGGAGUAUCCCCAAGCCCCCUACUCCUCCAGCCUGGAAUGUGAAGUGACUCCCCAACCCCUUUGGCCAUGGCACCUUUUGGACUAGGCUGCCACUGCUUGGGCAGGAUGAAAGGUGCUGGGAGGAGCAUGGGCGUGAAAGUUGUCAGCCAAGAAAUAAAAGUUUACCUCAGCUGCA